GUUGUCUCUGCCUAUGCACCGACGGAUUGCAGCGCGGGUGCAAUGAAGGAUGAGUUCUACUACCAACUGAGGGAUCUCUUGAAACAGACGGGUCGGAGGGAUAUCGUAGUGCUGGCUGGAGACUUGAAUGCACAGGUCGGGCGUCUAAGCUCAGAGGAGAAUCGUCUAGGUGGUCAAUGGGGACUACAUGGUGGCAGGUCAGAUAAUGGGGACCGUCUUCUGCAGCUUUGCGCGGAUGACAACCUAUUUCUAGCCAGCACCAACUUCCGGCACAGCCAUCACCGUAACGCUACCUGGCGUCCUCUGUCUGCGAGUCAAGCUUGGACUCAGAUUGAUCAUGUUGCUGUCAGUUUCCGGUGGGGAGGAUGCAUACAAGACUACCGCUCCUUCUGGAACGCAUGCCUGGACUCCGACCAUGCGUUAGUGUGUGCCAGGUUCGUCUUGCGAUUUGGUGGGGUUCAUAAAAGGCAUCGUCUAAACGUUGAUGUGAGCAAACUAGUAGCACCUGCUUCUUCUUUGAAAUACCAGAACGAGUUACAAUGAAUGCUUGCGAGCAACCCCCUAAGUAGUGUAGAUGGGCAUCGGCUUCAUCU